CUCUACUAUUUUGAGAGCUCAUCCUGUUCCUGCAGCAAACCUGUUGCUCGCUGCACAGUACUCAGUUUACCUCAGGGCUUCACCUUCCACAUCUGGCCAUGCACACUGCACUACUGGGAGGAGAACUGCUUUGAAGGAGAAUUACCAGUGGGGCUAGAAACCAGGAGGGGAGGGGCAACUCAGGAUCUGUUUCUCGGAAGGGAAUACAGAAUGGGAGAGGGUGAAAUGACCCUCUUCCCAACUAACCUAGUGAUAGAGAGGUCAGAGCAAGCCUCAGCUACCAACAGAGAUUCCUCAUUUCUAGGCUAAGUACAGUGUUGCCUCUUAUUUAAACUUUGAUUUGGAAUAUGUAUUCCAAUGGGAGGGCAAGGAGGGAGAAUUGAGCCCUGCUAGUCAUCUGUUGUCAGGACUGAUCCGACUUCUCUUUUGAUGUAUCUCUGUGCUAUUUUAUUGGAUUGCCCAGGGCCAUGCCUUCUGUGUCCCACCCAGGCUGCCAAAUGUCUUGAAAUCCAGGUCUUUUACCAGCCCUAUCAAAAUGAGUCAUCUUUUGUCUAGGGAUCAUGCUGGUCUUUUAGCAUGAUUCCCUUUGAAAGUAUCCCAGGUGCUAAUUAAAAGUAAUUAUUUUGGGGUCUUCAGAAUCAGGUUAUCUUUUGGCCAAGACCUAGGAUUCUGCAUUUAAAUUUGCACUGUGGUUGCUUCCUUGCUCUCUAAAAUUUGAGGACCACUGCCUAAGGACCUUGCUAGUUUUCAUUUAACAUGGAAGAAGAUGAGUUCAUUGGAGAAAAAACAUUCCAACAUUAUUGUGCAGAAUUCAUUAAACAUUCACAACAGAUAGGUGAUAGUUGGGAAUGGAGACCAUCAAAGGACUGUUCUGAUGGCUACAUGUGCAAAAUACACUUUCAAAUUAAGAAUGAGUCUGUGAUGUCACAUCCAGGAGCAUCUACCCAUGGACAGACGUGUCUUCCCAUGGAGGAGGCUUUCGAGCUACCCUCAGAUGAUUGUGAAGUGAUUGAAACUGCAGCAGCGUCCAAAGUGAUUAAAUAUGAGUAUCAUGUCUUAUAUUCCUGUAGCUACCAAGUGCCUGUACUUUACUUUAGGGCAAGCUUUUUAGAUGGGAGACCUUUAACUCUGAAGGACAUAUGGGAAGGAGUUCAUGAGUGCUAUAAGACGCGACUGCUACAGGGACCAUGGGACACUAUUACACAACAGGUAUUUAAUCGACCAAUGGGAUCAUCACAUCUGGAAAGCAGAUCAAGAGGAAAGGAAAUCCUCUUUGAAAAGGAACAUCCAAUACUUGGACAACCUUUUUUUGUACUUCAUCCCUGCAAAACGAAUGAAUUCAUGGCUCCAAUAUUAAAGAAUUCUCGGAAAAUCAAUAAGAAUGUCAACUACAUCACAUCAUGGCUGAGCAUUGUAGGACCAGUUGUUGGACUGAAUCUACCUCUGAGUUAUGCCAAAGCAACCUCUCAGGCUGAACGAAAUAGCGAUUAACAAGAUUCUUCUAUCGAGCUUAGAAAUUGUGGUAUGAAGAAUGUCAAGAGUUUACCUGACCAGCCCUGGCUUUAAUAGGACCAAUACCAUGGAAUAUUUCAUCUCACCAAGAUUUGACAUGGAUUAUUUUUCCCUUGGACACAAAUGUCUACAGCAACUGAUAUUUGAUAGACUGAGUGUUUAGAAGAAACAUUUCAAAGGCGUACAUCAUGGCCAGGCAUGGUGGCUCACACCUGUAAUCCAAGCACUUUGGGAGGCCGAGGUGGGAGCAUCACUUGAGCCUGGGAGUACGAGACCAGCCUGGGCAACAUGGUGAAACCAUGUCUAUACAAAAAAAUACAAAAAUUUGCCUGUUUGUGGUGGUGUGUGCCUGUAGUCCCAGCUACUCAGGAGGCUGAGGUGGGAGGUUGGCUUGAGCCCCGGAGGCAGAGGUUGCAGUGAGCUGAGAUUGUGCCACUGCACUCCAGCCUGGGUGACAGAGCGAGACAGUAUCUCAGAAAAAAAAAAAAAAAAAAAAAGACACAUCACUAUAAAUAGCAAAAAACGAAUCUUAACUUACUAAUACUAGGAAUAUCAACAUUAUUAGGGCCCUUGCAGGUUAUUUCUUUUCUAGGCCAAGUACUUCACUUCCAUUUGUCUGAUAUGGAGAUAGAGGAAGAAAUGUAUUUGUGUAUUCAUUUUAAUGUAAGAUACACAAAAAUUAAAUUACUGGAUUUACCUGUCCCUGAAACUGGUGUUACAAACAUGACCUAUCUUAAGUGAUUCUCCCAGAAUCAAACUCAGGAACAAUAGAUUAUUUCUGUUUUACUCCAAAGAUGGGAGAGAGAGAGAAAGAGAGAGAGUGUGUGUGUGUAUGUAUGUAUGUGUGGGUGUUUGUGUAGACAGAUAGAUGUAAAAUAAAGAAAAAAACACAACAUUUUACUGUGAGACAAUAUGUUUUACCAGCGAAGUGUGGCAUAGUAAUUAGAAGUUUUCUAAAAAGCUAUAGGAAAUAUUUAAACAUUAAAAUUUCUUUUUGACCUACAGUAAUAAAACAAUGGUCAUUUUACCCCUCUACUUCUCAACCCCACAGCUACUCUGCUGUACUCUUUGAGGGCUCUUAAGCGAGUCUUCGUGUCCCUGAGACUUAUUUUCCUCAUCUUUAAUUUGAAAAUAACAAACUACCUCAUAGGGUUGCUGUGAGAACCAUAUGAGAUCAUUCAUGCAUGAUAAGAUAUUGUAAAGUAUUAUACAAAUAUUCAUUAAAUGCUCACCUUUCUUGUAUAUAAUAGGUAUUCACUCAGGCUGUAAAUAAGUUUCAUAGCCAGUUAAGUAUUAAGAUAAACCUAACCUGGAACCAUUUUUUUUUUUUGGUUGCUUGUUUUGUUUUUUGCUAGGAGCUGAAACUAAGAUUAAAAUGUCGUUGGGUUUUUAGAGAGUCUAGAUUAGUGUCUUUGAAUGAGGGAUAUGCUUAAAAUCACCUGAGGAUCGUUUACAGCUACAGAUGCUGGGGCCACCUGACACAGUCUCUCUGGGGGUGAUUCUGCUCUGGAGAACCUCUGGUCUGGAUAUACCUUUAUUGUGACAUUGAUUUGUAUUGUUUUGCUCUACUGACAGGCCUUUUCCAAUCCAUACAAGCUGAACUUGCUUCCUAAUGUUUGUCUAGGCCUUACCUGGAUAGGAAGGAAGCUUAGGAGACAUGUUCACAAGGCAGCCGUCUUGUAGGAAACCAGUCCAGGUGAGGACAUCAUUCACCAGUGGAUCACUGAGCACCAUUGACAGCACCCUCAGUCCACAUCUGCAGACGAAGAGCUGAACUCUCACAGAGAAAGUGGAAGUAGAGAAAGGGUUAAUUCAAACUGCUAGAAAAGCUAAAAGUAAAUUUUAAAAUGCUGAGCUGCACAUAUUCAUGCUAGGAUGAGAGCCAGCUUAAAUGCUUGCUGGGCAUUUUGGUAUUUACCGCUUAACAUAUUUUCAACUUCUGUGAGGGAUUUUCCCCCCACUCUCCCUAAUGUAAACACAGAUUUCUCAGCAAGUCAUUUCUCAAGCCAUGUCAUUUCUAGUGUAAAAUAAAUUAUAAUAAUGUGUCAUCUGAA